CCUCAGCGCGCCUUCUACGGCGACUUCGGCCUCCCCGUCCUCAAGGUGUUCUUUGGCGCCCUCGCCACCUACCAGGUGCUGUACUGGGGGUGGCUGAAGCUGGAGAGCAUCGAGCUCAAGGACGAAAAGAACGGCGAGAUGGCGCGGCUGGAGCAGCAGGUGCGGGAGCUGGCGGGCAGUAAUAAGGGCAGCAAGUAG